AUGUCCAGCCUGGCCAAGGAUCUGGAUGCAUUCGCGUUCCGAGCAGAUGUCGCCCGAGCGGCGGAAGUGAAAGCUCUCUUUGAUGCUGCUGAGGAGCAUUUCGGAACACCCGUCACGACCGUCGUCAACAACGCCAUCGUCGGGGAUUUUGCGUUCAAUGGUGAUAGCCGACCCAGAGUUGCCCAACUGUCCUGGUCCGAUUUCGACACCCAGCUGCAAGGUUUUCUCAGAGGGUCGUUGAACACAACACAAGCAGCCCUGCCAGGUUUUGAGAAGGUUAAAUUUGGCCGGAUCGUCAACAUCGGUUCAAAUUUGUUUCACAAUCCAGUCGUUCCGUACCAUGACUAUACGGCAGCCAAGGGUGCUCUGCUGGCAUUCACCAGAACGUGUGCAGCAGACCUUGGUCCGAUAGGCGUCACAGUCAAUUCUGUAGCGGGUGGCUUGUUGGAGGUAACAGAUGCCAGUUCGAGUACGCCUCGAGAGGUUUUUGACCAGAUCAAAGCAAUUACGCCGUUGAGAAAGGUGACCACUCCCGAUGAUCUUGCUGGGGCAGUGUUAUUCUUCGCGAGUCCAUGGGCGAAUAGCGUUACAGGUCAACAGAUUGUCGUCGAUGGAGGACUGGUAAUGAACUGA